AUGCUUUGGUACACACAGAAUCUUAUAUGCCUCUAUUAUUUUAUAGUGUUAGUGGUAUGUAGACCUUCAACUACAUCAGAGUUUCCAACACCUACACCUUCAACAAUAGUUGAUAUACUAUCAUCACAAGUGGAAUAUUCAUAUUUCUUAAGACAUUUACAAAGGAAUGGCAUGAUACCGAUUCUCAACUCAUUAUCAAAUGUUACUUUAUUAGCUCCAGUAAAUCUGGCAUUUACCUCGGGAUCAGAUAAGGAUGUGGACAGAGAGUUGCCUCAUGAUAAUAAUAUGUUACUUAGAUACGUCAUAAACCAGAGGUUCCGGGUAGGGUAUCUAGGUACCGAGAAAAUUAUUUAUAAUACAUUAUAUGAUGUAGAAGGAUCACCGUAUCCCGUUGUCAUAUCCCCUAACUUCGAGCAGGCGGAAUACAUUGUGGAUGAUACAGCUGCAAUAGUUGAAGUUGAUAUUCAUGCUAAACAUCAAGAUUCAUUUAUCCAGGGAAUUGAUUCGUUAUUACCUUUGAAGCCCACGUUUUGUGAGGUUCUAUUUUCGGAUGACGAUAACAGUUUGGGUCCACAUCUGAUUUCAUUUAUGAAGCAGUUGUUUCGCCAAUUGUUUGAAGAACAUGACACAAUUACUGAGUCUGAGUACGAUAAUUAUGUUAAAAUUACAGGAAAUGAAAGAAGUAGUUUAACUAAGUUACCUCUGUCGUGCAAAGAAUUUAUGUCCCGUACUAAAACUUUGUUAAUGCUAUCAGAUGCAUAUAUAGCUGAAUCCUUACCUGACAUAACUCGUCAGUAUUUAACGUCUUUAGCUAAAUCAUCAAGUGGGAAGAAAUAUUCCAUGACAAAGGAAGCUGUAUUGGAAGUUAAAAAUGAUAUUGUUAACUUUUUGGAAAGCUUAAUGAUAAAUCAUUUAAUUGGAGGGGUGAACGGAACGUCAGGAGAUUAUCUGAGUAUAAAUGGUAGAAGUGAGUUCAAUUUUUCUCUUAAAAAGUUUACCGGACAACUUCUAUUGAAUAAUAAGAUAUCUAGUUCAACGAAUGCUUCGAACUUGGCAUUUUCUGAUGCUAUGUUACAUGUUUUUGACAUUCAAAACCAAACAAGCCAUAGCUUUUUUGAGGAUUUGAACGUUCCAUUGGUAAAAAUUCAACCUCGAAAGGCAUUAUAUGCAAUGCAGUACUCUAAUUUUGUAAAGGAGGUAAAUUUUAGAUCUUUGCAUCACUUGAUAGAUGGGUCUACAAGUAAUCAAACUAUUUUGAUAGAAUCUUCUCAGAGGGAUCAAGUUGAAGAUGAUUUUUCUUCGUCGGAUUAUGAUGGUUCACAUUUCAGUUACAAGCAAAUAAUGUACUAUCAAUUCUCUAACCAAAUGAUUGAUAUUGAAAAUGUCAGAGAAGCUUUAACGUAUGAAAAUUUCUAUAAAUUACUUGAUUCUAAGUUAUGUUCGAAGAGCAAGAUAGGCUCAUGUUUCAAAACAAAGUUUUCUGCUUCGUAUAAUAUCGAUUUAAAGAAAAUUGAAGCAACAAUUAAUGAUGAUAUAAAUAUCAUGUUGCCAGGAAUAAAAGCUGAGAACAAUAAUGUGAUAUACGUAACGAAGGAAGAUAUUAAUCCCCCUUUGACAUUAAAGCAGUCAUUACUGAGAUUAUUAUCAAAUGGUGGUGUUAGUCGCCAUUUAGAAAAUUUUGAGAUUGACAGGAGGAGCUUUUUGAGUACUCUUAGAUAUUUAGAGCAAUUCGAUUUAUUGUCAUUGGCGGAAAAUAAGAAAGGAUAUUCCAUAUUUUUACCGUGUGGGUAUGUCGAACAAGAGAAAAGUAAAGAUUUGUUGAGUAAAAAACGGAAAAUCAGCGAACCUUGGAAGUCAAUGGGUCUAAUCUUGAAAUUUUUAGAAUCAAACCCUAAAUACUUUGAGGAUUUACUUAAGGGAUUAUUCGUUGAAGAUACCAUAUACUCUGAUUUCGGCAUUUACGACCAUCUUAAUCAAACAGUUUCUACUAACUUAAGAGGUGACAGUGUUAAUAUUGCACACUCUUAUGUCGAUGAAAACUAUAACCACUUGAUUUCCUUGAAUAAUACAGAAUUAUUAGUGCCAUUAAAUUCUGAUAUUUUAUUUAACCAGGGUGUAAUUCACAUUAUCAAUGAAGUUUUACUUCCUGAAUCAUUCCGCAUAUCCUUCUCCGAUUUAAUAAAGACAACUGAGAAUCCAAACUAUCCAGGCUUUUCAUUUUUAGACUUGAUCGGUAAUUAUCCAAAACUUUGUGAAGUGUUGGGCAUUUCAAAUGAGAAUAUUAAUCCGACAUAUUCCUUACUAAUCCCAAGUGCAGAUUCAUUAAAGGAUUUUAACAUCACUUCAGAAUUUACCAAACUAUGGGAUUUCCUUGAAUUUCAUUUGAUACCUAAUACAGAAUUAAGUCCAUUGAUCUCGUGCGUUAAUGGUUUGUUCCCAACAAAUGACUCGCUAGACUCCAUUAACUUUGAAUACAAUAUUAAAACAAACCUAUCAGAUACUGUUUUAGGUUGUCGCAAAGAUAUCUUCUCAGACAAAACAUUUUUAAGAUUAAAACCCACCGAUAUCUCAUCAAAAGAUUCUACUUUUAAUAGCAUGUCGUACAAUAAGGAUCGCGAAGUUCAUAUAUUAUCCCACGGAUGCACAUCUAUGCAUAACAACUCCAUAUUGGAUGGAGCUUGUGUCUUUCUAAUUGACAAACCAUUAAAUUUGAAAUGGCUUGAAGACCCCGAUAAGAAUACAUUUUUACACAUCCAUAUUGGAUUUAUUAGUGUUGGAGUAGGUAUAAUUUUAGGGCUAUUAUUAUUUGGAUCGGUUAUAUUUGGCGUUUUUGUUUUUAUUAGUCGUUCUAGACCUGAUCAACCACAGGCAUCAUUAUCAGCGGCUCCAAAUGAUUCCAUAUUUGGAGAUAAUGAGCCGAACUACAUGAGAAUCCAAACUGGUGAAAAUGAUAAUGUAUACGAUCAAGGGUACGAAACUGAUGAUGAUUUUCUACGAGCAGAGGGCGAUCACUUAUUACCAUUACAUGGUAAGAGAUCAAGACGGGCCAAGUACGGUUCCGUUAAUAAUAAUGAAGUUACUGCAACGGCCCCCCUUUCUAUUAAAGGUAAUAAUAUCAGUAAAGCAUUAAAUAGAGAAAGAAAUUUACCUGGGGGCUUCUAA